CCGCGCUCCGCCCUCCGCCGGGCCUGCGCCGUGCGACCGGGGCCGGGCCAUGACGGGCGAGCCCGUGCAGGCGCUGCUGCGGCGGCUGCGGGCACUGCAGGGCGAGCGGGCCGAGGCGUACCGGCUGCUGGAGCAGGGCCACCGCGCGUACCUGAGCAGCGCGCCGCACUAUGACUUCCCUCGCUACCGGCAGCUGGUGCACGAGAUCACGGUGGCCUUCAGCAGCAUCUCCCGCGAGGUGCUGAGCAUCGCCGGGCACCUGCGGGAUGAGCUCGCCCGCCCCGACCUGGCCCAGCACCUGGCCCGGCUGCAGGAGCGGGAGCAGGAGAAGCUGCAGCUGACAGCACAGCUCCAGCUGGCCCAGCAGCAGGCACAGGACCAGCCCCACGUGGAUGCCCACCAGCAGGAGGUGCAGGAGCUCAAGCACAAGCUAAUUAAAACCAUUGAGGCAAUCAGCGAAAUUCUCCAGGACCUCAAGUACGAUUCGGAAGAAGCCGAGUGAUGGAUGUCCCCGUGGGAACGGCUGGAGGGGCCGGGCGGUGGAACGGGGGCCCCGCGCGCCAUUCCCGGCCCCCGGCGCAGCCACCCGGGCACCCACAGCACCCAGCAAGGUGGGCACCUUCCCCUCGGCGCCUUUUCUUGAGCACAGGCUGGAAGGGGUGAAGAACACCCCCAUCUGUCCAGGAGGAGCGGGGUCCCCCUAAGUCCUGAGCAUCCCUCAGCAGAGGGCUGCAGCGUGGGCCUGGUUCCACUUCCCAGCUGCACCACGGGUUUUUGCCCAAGGAAAACCACAACGUGCAGUGCCAAGGGGCUGCCUUGCUUUGAUCCCCGUGGAGAUGAGCACUGCCUUCACUGCCAGCAGGAGCCCCAGGGGCAGCAGCCCCCCAAAAGCAUCUCUCUUGCUGCACCCCCAACCCUAGCACAGCUCCAGUGCCCCAGUAGCGCUCUUUCUAUGGUCAUCCAAAAUAAACCUGCCCCGUGGGGCUGGCCUGA